AUGGACCAAAAACUUACACAAGACUGCAGCUCAGACUCCAAAGAGAACGAAGCAAUUCAGCUUCCCGUAGUCGACCCUGUAAUGGAAGAAUUCCAUUUAUUUAAUGAGAAGCCUGAUUUUUCAGCCGCAGCAAUCAGAAGUUACUUUGGAACAAGAUUUUCAACACUCAUGGAUUUGCCCUUACACCACAGAGAGGAAGGAUGGUUCGAAGUGGUCAAUCCAUUCCCAGCAUUAAGGGAAAUGACAGCCAGUAAUUGGAAUUUUUGUUUAUUGGGAUUUUUUGCUUGGUCUCUUGAUGCAAUGGAUUUCUUUUGUGUUUCUGUCGCUGUUCCUGAAAUUGCUGAAACUUUAGGUGUGUCCGUUACUGACAUUUCAUGGGGAGUCACAGUGGUUCUAAUGCUUAGAUCCGUGGGUGCUCUUAUAUUUGGUCUUGCUUCAGAUUAUAUUGGAAGAAAGUGGUCAUAUAUCCUAAUCGCUGCAUUAUUCAUUGUUGCUGAGGUUGGUACUGGACUUGUGCAAACAUAUCAUCAAUUUAUUGGAGUUAGAGCUUUGUUUGGAAUUCUUAUGGGAAGUAUGUAUCCUGUUGUGACAGCUAUAGAAGGACAGCCCACGAGAGCAAGAUCGGUUAUUUCUGGUAUGUUUCCAGCUGGGUAUAAUCUCGGAUACAACUUCGCAAUCAUCUUCUAUUUGGCUUUUGCUGAUACCUAUAAACCAGGGGAAGGAUGGCGAUCGCUUUUCUGGUUUUCAGGUGGAUUGUCAAUUAUAUUAAUCGUUUGGAGAUUUCUCUCGCCCGAAUCCCCAGAAUACCUUAAAAUCCUACAAAAGAAGAAGGAAUUCAAUGCCGAAGUUCAAAAAGGUCAUGGAUUCUUAAAGAAGGUUGACUAUAGUGUAUUUGUGACCCUUAAGACCGAAUGGCUAGUUUUCCUGUACCUUGUCCUUUUAUUUGCCGGGUUUAAUUUUAUUUCCCAUGGGACCCAAGAUUUAUAUUCCACUCUUUUAACUAAACAAUUUGAUGUUACUUUAAAUAAGAAGACAAUCAUCAUUGCCAUCAGUAAUAUUGCAGCUAUGCUAGGAGGUGUUACUAUGGGGUCAGUUUCCGAGCUUUUCGGAAGGAGAUUAACGAUUCUCAUUUGUAUGCUUUGGUGUGGUGCUUUUGUUUACCCAGCAUACUUCAAUGCUGAUAAGAAUUGGUGGGCAUUUGUAUUGUUAAUGUUUGGAACUAAUGGAUCUUGGGGUGGUGCAGCAAUCCAUCUUUUAGAGUUGGUGAACUCAACACAUAGAACCUUAUUAUCCGGUUUAGCUUAUCAGAUGGGGAAUUUAAUUUCUUCUGCUUCUAUGACCAUUGAAGCCAAACUUGGGGAAAAUUUCCCAAUCGAACGUGCAGCAGAAGGGGUGUAUGAUUAUGCUAAAGUUAUGUGUAUUUUCUCGGGAGCAAUCUUUGCGUAUAUGGUUGUAUGCAUUUUUCUUGGUCCAGAAAGAUUCCACAGAGAAAUCAGAGUCGUGGAGCACGAUGAAGAUCAAGCUAUUGAAAAAGUCGCAAAGCUGCAAGUUUAG